GAUGCAGAUUCAUUCAUUGCACAAAGACAUAAGUCAGCAACUUGUGGAGAACAUGCAGUGUCUGCUAUUGUCAUAGAUGAGGAUGGACAACUCUACGUAUGUCAAUGUAUGGCAGGUUUUGUUGGAAACCCAUACAUUAAGUGUGAACCUGGUGAAGAUAUCAGGGGGCAAAAGGGUAAAGAUGGAGAUUCAUUAAUUGCACAAAGACAUAUGUCUGUGACCUGUGGAGAACAUGCAGUAUCCGCUAUUCUCAUAGACGAGGAAGGACAACCCCCCAGAUGUCAAUGUGUGGAAGGUUUUGUUGGAGACCCACACAUUAAGUGCGAACCUGGUGAAGACAUCUACGGGAAAAAGGAUAAAGAUGCAGAUUCAUUCAUUGCAGCAAGAAGUACAUCUACGAGUUGUGGAGAACACGCAGUGUCUGCUAUUGUCAUAGAGCAGGUUGAACAGCUUAUCAUAUGUCAUUGUAUGGUAGGUUUUGUUGGAGACCCAUACAUUAAGUGCGAACCUGGUGAAGAGGUAUAUGGGAAAAAGGGUAAAGAUGCAGAUUCAUUCAUUGUAGAAGAAUGUGCAUACGUGACUUGUGGAGAAAAUGCAGUGUGUGCUAAUAUCACAGAGGAGGGGGAACUACUCCCCAUAUGUCAAUGUGUGGAAGGUUUUGCUGGAGACCCAUACAUUAAGUGCGAACCUGGUGAAGACAUCUUUGGGCAAAAGUGUACAGACAAUAGCAACUGUGAUGAUAAACAUGCCUGCUAUAGUGGAGAAUGUCAAGAUCCUUGCGUGUUCAGAUGCCUACAAAAUGAAUGUGUUGUGCUAAACCAUGCUGCCAUUUGCUUGGGACUAAGAUACAAAGAAAAACCACUUAAAGUUCUGAGGUAAGCUGAAAGCAGUCAGCAACUUGGACAUUUAGCCAUGUAGUUCAUGAUACAUAUCUAAAUACAUGGCAGAGACUGUGAGUGAUGUUUUUACUACUAAUAAUUUGUU